UAGGACCCAGGGAGGUGAUCUAGGGACGGAUGCCCAGAGUAUACUGAAUUUAUGAAGAGAAAACUUUUCCAGCUUGCUGAACAGCAGUGAAAAUGAAUUACCCGGAGAUAGUCGGGGCUGUCAUGGAAUUCAAUUGUUGUGUUGUCAAAAAAAUUGCUUUGGUGUUAUGAAAUCCGAUGUUAUCGGAUUUAUGUUCGAAUCGGAAUUAGUGUCGGUUUUAGGUGUCACAGAAACCAAAAUUAUCGGUUUUGUUAGCAGAAACAAUCCAAGCAACUUACACAAAAAUACAAUUCUAAUUGAAUUUAUGGAAAAAUAACCCGAUAUUGCGAAGGGGUUCACAAAACGGGACAAACCGUUGAUGCUCUUUGGCAGCAAUUAACCGAUUCUCUCUACGGUGCUGGUCCACCACAAAAAGAUGUGAACGCAUGGAAAAAGACGUGGACGGAAUGGAAGACCGAUGUCAAGAGAAAACUUACGCAAAACAACGCCGAGUCCAAAGCAACUGGUUGAGAACCCUUCUCCAAAUUUCUACUGAGCCAACGGAGGUCAUAGUGCGAAUUUGUGGCAUGCUAAGAUCUGUCGUAGGUGUGGCUGGCAAUGCACCCGGUCUUCCCAACGAAAGUGACAAUGACAUGCCAUCAACGUCAUCGAAGCGGCAAACGUCUCCAAAUACAAGCACUCCUAAAAGGCCAAGUAGUGAAAGCACUGGGGAACGCUUGAAAAAAUUCCUUGAUGAGAACAAUGACAGAAAGUUGGAUAUACAUGAAAGAUUGGACGACCUCGUGCACAUUGAAAAAGAAAACGCCAGUAGCCUCAGAUGAGUUUACAGAGCUAUUGAAAAAGGCAACAAUUCCAUAGAAACUGCCGUUACGGAUAUGAAGGACGAAUAUGUCCGUAUAAAUACUGAAAUUUUGCGAGCACUAAAAGA